CCCGACUCAUUGUCAUCACCCCAGAGAAGACUGUGCCCGACUCAUUGUCAUCACCCCAGAGAAGACUGUGCCCGGCUCAUUGUCAUCGCCCCAGAGAAGACUGUGCCCAACUCAUUGUCAUCGCCCCAGAGAAGACUGUGCCCGGCUCAUUGUCAUCGCCCUAGAGAAGACUGUGCCCAGCUCUGUGUUUGGUCCUGAGGAAGACCCAGUCCAAUUCAUUGGCAUUAGUGCCUGCUUCACUGGCAUUAUUCUGGAGAAAACUGUACCUGGCUCAUUGGUAUUAUUCUGGAGGCCACUUGUUAUGGUCCAUUAGAGAAGACUGUGCCCAGUUCAGUGCCAUUAUACAAUACAGUGACCAGCUCUGUGGCAUACUUCUGGAAUAAGACUCUUCCAGUCUCAGCAACAUUGCUAUACAAGAGACUGUGCCCGACUUGCUGGCAUUAUACCAAGCUGUAUUGAAUUCAUUGACAUUAUUCAGCACCAGACAAUACCCAUCUCAAGGGCAUUAUAUAUAAACGGUGCCAGGGUAGCACGUUAUGGGGCUUGGCAUCUGAGGGGCACCACAUCUAGAACAAACCAUAUUUAGAUAUCUGGGGAAAUUUGCACGGAGCAGAGAAUAUACCUACUGGUUUAGAAGAAGAUGGAAUGGCGGUGGAAAUCUCUUCCUUUGCUAUUAAUUAUUUUAGACGGUGCGCUGAGUAGACACUGGUCAGCUUGGAUGCCCCCGUCCAUCUCGGCCUUCAAGGAGACUUGCGUUGCCAUCCCGUGCACCUUUGACUAUCCCGAUGACGUCCGGCCGUCGGCAGUACAUGGUAUCUGGUACUUUAACAGCCCCUAUCCCAGGAACUUUCCUCCCGUGGUUCUGAAUACAAAAACCAACUCGGCGCAUGAGAUGUACAUGGGCCGCACGAAGAUAAUAGGGGACCUGACAGGGUCAAACUGCUCGAUACAGAUUGAAAGAGUCACCAGCGAACUUCAGGGGAAAUACUACUUCCGGGCCGAUUUGGGAGGUUACAAUCAAUAUACCUACUCAGAACACGCCAACCUUUAUAUACUAGAUGAACCCUUUGUAGUUCAGCCCCAAGAGAUUGUAUCGGGGGCGGAAGCUGAGAUCACGUGUUUGGUAGACGAUAACUGCCCCGACCUAAAGCCUACGGUCACCUGGAUGAAUAUUGAAGGGCUGGAACAUCAUACCGUGUACGCCCGGCUGGAGGAAAACAGUGGCGCUUGGAAGCAAAUAUCUACCCUGAGGUUCCUUCCAAGUUAUAAAAACCACGGCCAGCGCCUGGGCUGUAAGGUCACAUUCCCGGACUCUGAGUUGGAGUAUAAAGGUUUCGCCACAAUGGAUGUAAGAUAUGCCCCUCGCAUUGUGGACAUUAACUCCUCCACCGAGACGACGGAGGGCACCCAGGUGGUCUUCCUGUGUGUGAUCGAUAGCAACCCAGUGUCACGUGUCAUGUGGUUCAAGGAUGACUUACUGCUAAAGGAAGAUUAUAGCGGGAACCUUUCCCUGGAACUGGAGUAUAUCACCUACAACCAUGACGGCGUCUACAUGUGCGCGGCCGAAAACGAGUAUGGCCACAUCAACAAAUCCAUAGGACUGGCCGUCAUGUACCCUCCAUGGAAACCCUCGGUGAACGCCUCCAUGGUGGCGGUAGAAGGAGAGCCGGUCACCAUCUUGUGUAACACGCAGGGUAACCCCGACCCCAUCAUCACCAUCAUCAAGGACAAACAGGUUCUGAACUCGGUCAUCUUCCAGAAUGAACUGGUGCUGGAGAUCCCAUCGGUGACCCAUGAACACGACGGCGAGUACUGGUGUCUGGCGGAGAACCAGUAUGGGCACAGCAAUAGCUCCUUCAACCUCACUGUUGUAUUUUCACCGCUGGUUCUGCCGGAAUCCAAGUGCACGGUGACCAAGGAGAGCGUCCAGUGUAUGUGCACGGUGAAGUCCAACCCAGAUGCCUACAUCAUGUUUGAGAUCCCCGAGAAGAACCUCACGGUCAGUGAGCUGAAUGCGGAAUACGUCCACUCCCAGAGGAACGGCUACAUGGUCAGCAGCAUCCUGACCCUGCAGAAGGAGACAAAGCUUCCGGAAGUUGUACUGUGCUCCGCAAGCAACUUGUAUGGCAAGAAGGUCCAUGAGCUUUUCUUUCAGGACACAAACACCUUAAUAUGGGCCAAAAUCGGUCCCGUGGGGGCUGUGGUGGUUUUUGUCAUCCUUGUAGCGGUCGGUGGCUACAUGAUUAAAACCAGAGAAAAGAAAAAUGUGACAGAAAGUUCCAGCUUUAUUCAGACAGAGACUUCACCGUCAUAUAGUGGAGACGCCUCCAAGAAAAAUUUAGGAAAAAUUGAGAGCCAAUUUCUCAGUAUUUCGGAACGGCUACUAUUGAGUAAGAGGCAGAAAACACCUGUGACUGUGGACUCUGAGUAUGCAAACAUUGACUUUACAAAGAAGAGUGUUACGGACAUCUACACCUCCCCCGAGGAGCUGACUGAAUACGCAGAAAUCCGGGUGAAAUGACGGCCACUUAUCUAACAGCACAAACACAACUGGGCCCAUUGUCUGACCUCCAUCUUAUAUCUCCAGCCAAUAUUCUAUAGGAUCGAAGACAAAAAAAAAAAGGAUUCAAUUACAUUCCCCUGGUCAUAUACAUAGACAUGUUUAUUAAAGUGUAUCUAUUAUACCUAUUAUUCAUUAUUUGGCAUGAAUCAGUGUAUGAAGCUUUUUACUCACCUUACAGUAGGCUAUCCUUAUCCUGUCUGCAGCCCCUCACAUAGAAGAGGGGGAGGAGGGGAUGGAGCUGCAGUAUGUCACAUAGAAGAGGGGGAGGAGGG